AUGUCUGGGCGCGGCAAGGGGCUGGGCAAGGGUGGCACCAAGCGGCACAGGAAGCCAGUGAUCCGGAGGCUAGCCAGGAGGGGCAGCAUGAAGCGCAUCUCCCGCCUCAUCUACGAGGAGACCCGCGGCGUCCUCAAGAUCUUCCUCGAGAACGUCAUCCAUGACGCCGUCACCUACACCGAGCACGCCCGUCGCAAGACCGUCACCGCCAUGGAUGUCGUCUACGCGCUCAAGCGCCAGGGCCGCACCCUCCACGGCUUCGGAGGCUAG